CCGGGCAGGGAUCGGGGCCGGGCGGGGGAGGCUCCGAUCCGCGAGCACCCCGCGGGGUCCCGCGUCCGGUGGUCACCCCGCCCCGCCGUGCGCCCCGCGGGGUCCCGCGUCCGGUGGUCACCCCGCCCCGCCGUGCGCCCCGCGGGGUCCCGCGUCCGGUGCUCACCCCGCCCCGCCGUGCGCCCCGCGGGGUCCCCGUGUCUGGUGGUCACCCCGCCCCGCCGUGCGCCCCGCGGGGUCCCCGAGUCCGGUGGUUACCGCCACCUGCCCUGCGCCCCACCCGGGGUCCCCGGCGCCGCGUCCCCGGAGCUAGGCCGGGCGGCCUCCGGCCGACAGACGUCGCUCCCUGGGGCCUGAAGGCGGAAGCCGAAGCCGAAGCCGAAGCCGGAGUCCAGAAUGUUUCUCUGUCUGUGACGGUUUCCAGGCAGCCCCGGCGGAGCGGCUUCUCCUUUCUGCGGCUGGAGGCAGGGAAGGGAGGCCAGUGCGAUCCUAGAGAUUAUUUAUCAGCAACAACAGUAAUAAUUCAACUUAGGACUUACACGCCGGGCAGCCAGCACGACUGUUCCUCUUCCUCGGCUGUAUGUGCGCUGAGAGUCGAGGUCAGGUGGGGAGAGUGCUUGGCUGAGCUGAGCGCAAGGCCAGGUGCUUCACCUGCAGACCCUCCCUGCCCGCAGGAGUGACAGAGGAUACUUGUCACCUUCUCCUUGUCCGGCUGCCCGACCUGACCCCAGGGCCUGUGUUGGGUUCCCACUCUCAUAUCCUUCACCAGCUCCUCACCAUGGAGCAGCUGAGCACAGCAAACACCCGCUUCGCCUUGGACCUGUUCCGCACCCUGAACAAGAGCGAUCCUGCCGGCAACAUCUUCAUCUCCCCCUUCAGCAUUUCAUCAGCGCUGGCCAUGACCUUUCUGGGCGCCAGAGGCAAUACCGCAGCGCAGGUGUCCAAGGCUCUCUAUUUCAAAGGGGUUGAGGAGAUUCAUUCAAGAUUUCAGAGUUUGAAUGCUGAUAUCAACAAACAUGGAGCUCCCUAUAUUCUGAAACUUGCUAACAGGUUAUUUGGAGAGAAAAGCUAUGAUUUCCUCCCUGAGUUCUUAGCUUCAACUCAGAAAAUGUACGGUGCUGAACUGGCCAGUGUGGAUUUUCUGCAGGCCACCGAAGACGCAAGGAAGGCCAUAAACGAGUGGGUCAAAGGGCAGACGGAAGGGAAAAUUCCAGAGCUGUUGGCCUCAGGUACGGUUGAUAGCAUGACUAAGCUGGUGCUGGUGAAUGCCAUCUAUUUCAAAGGAAACUGGCAGGAGAAAUUCAGGAUGGAGGCCACAAAAGAUGCACCUUUCAGACUGAAUAAGAAAGACACAAAAACAGUGAAAAUGAUGUAUCAGAAGAAGAAAUUUCCGUUUGGCUACAUCAAAGACCUUAAGUGCCGGGUGCUGGAACUGCCCUACCAGGGUGAGGACCUCAGCAUGGUCAUCCUGCUGCCGGAUGACAUCCAGGACGAGUCCACGGGUCUGAAGAAGAUUGAGCAACAGCUGACUUUGGAAAAGCUGCGUGAGUGGACCAGACCCGAGAAUCUGGAUCUCCUUGAGGUCAACGUCCAGUUGCCCAGGUUUAGGCUGGAGGAGAGCUACGAGCUCAGCACUCCGCUGGCCUGCCUGGGUGUGCAGGAGCUCUUCACUAGCAAGGCUGACCUGUCCGGCAUGUCGGGAGCCAGAGGCCUCUUCAUAUCGAAGGUGGUCCACCAGUCCUUCGUGGAAGUGAACGAGGAGGGCACGGAGGCGGUGGCUGCCACCGCAAACGUGGCCACCUUCGCCAUGCUGAUGCCGGAGGAGGAUUUCACUGCCGACCAUCCGUUCAUUUUCUUCAUUCGGCACAAUCCCUCUGCUAACAUCCUGUUCCUCGGCAGACUUUCUUCCCCAUAGAGACUAGAAAUACAAGGUCAAGCUUGGAGCGUUUUACCUGCCCUUUCAAUGGUGACCAUUUUCAUAGAUCUUUACCAGUAAAACUACUAUCCAAAAAUGAAUCUUUAAUCUCCUUUGUAAGCUCAGUUCUGUUGGCUGGUUACACCCAUUAACUUGGCAUGGGUAUCUGUUCUUCUUUUUUUAUGCUAAAAAAAAUCCAGUGAUUUCUUUUGAAUGCAUCAAGUUAAAAAAAGAAAGAAAAAAAUCAGACGAUUCUUGACAACGUAGAAAUCUAUGAAGUUGCUAUACUUUCCUGAGAGCCGGGGGGAACACGGUCACUCUGUCAUCUGUUUUACAGAUAGACUUUUGGAAGCCGUAAUAUAGAGACACCCUGAUUGUUGAAGGGAGGCUUAAAAACAGAUAUUCAAUUGAAAUACCGCAGAGCGCCCCAAUUAAGGGUCUGCGUUAUGAAGACAGACUUGCCUUGGCAAUGUCUCUGACCCUGUGUUCUGCAGGAUUUGUAUCCCAUUACAGCCCUCCAGGUUUCAAACUAUCAAAGAGCCACCUGGUGAUAACCUAACCCCUCCAAUUUUUUGUUCUCCCUUUUCCCUCCUGAUAUGAGUUGGUGUGGGAUCACAAGGAAUCAAGCAGUAGGUGUCUUACCAUGAAAGAUGCCAAGGAAUGACAAAAAUAAAAAUGUCGUAGGAGAUACUAUUAAGCAAAGAAGUGGCGCAGAGAUCUCACUGUUUACCGGCUUCUGCCGUGUUUUCUGAUAAAGGCUCUUGACGUCCAUAAUACGGUACAGGUUUUUAUGGUAAUGGGACGGCUUUAUGCAACGCUGUGGUGGGAGAUGGGGUGAGGAUGUACUCUGAUUAAUAUAACCCUUUGUCAAUGCACUCCUUGGAAGGGGGCGUGAAAUGCUGCAUCUCUGUGCUCCCCAAAGCUGGUGGGCUGGUUAAUAAAGUUUCCUAAGAUUCUGCAAACCA